CGCCUGGGUGUGCUGGGGAACAUGGCGUGCCCGUGGCUGAGACAGUGCCGGAGGUGGAGGACAAACUCCCCGACUCUGUUAGAGACUCUGCGGCCUUUCAGCGGCCGGUUCUCGGUCCCGCGGAUAUCCUGGAGCUCGGGGCCGCGCAUGGAGGGGCAGCUAUCGGCUCUACCUACACAGACACGCCCAAAAACUUUUAACUUUACCACAUCUUUACCCAGACACAGUUCACGGUUGCUGUAUCCGACACUACAGUCCUGCUGUUGCAGACAGAAUGUACACACCGAUGUGAAGCUCAAGGACCCCUUCACGCUAGCACAGAAAGAUUUAACAAAUUUAUAUGAUGACAUCAGAAAGGAGCUAUUUGUAUCCAAAGAAGAGCUGAAGUCGUUAUGCGACUACUACUUCGAUGGGAAGGGCAAAGCCAUCCGACCGAUGAUAGUUGUCCUAAUGGCCCGGGCACUCAACGCCCACAGCAACAGAUCCGGCAGAGAUUUGCUCCCAGGCCAGAGAACCAUAGCUAUGAUCGCAGAAAUGAUCCACACUGCCAGCCUGGUGCAUGACGACGUAAUAGACGGAUCAGAUAAACGACGGGGAAAGAGAACCAUCAAUGAGGUGUGGGGAGAAAAAAAGGCCAUCUUGGCUGGAGAUUUCAUCCUUUCAACUGCCUCCCUGGCCAUGGCUCGUAUUGGAGACAACACGGUUGUAAAAGUGAUGUCCCAGGUGAUGGAGGAUCUGGUUCGAGGUGAAUUCAUGCAGCUGGGCUCCAAAGAGAACGAGAACGAGAGAUUCAAACACUACCUCGAGAAAACCUUCAAGAAGACGGCGAGUCUCAUUGCAAACAGUUGUAAAGCAGUAUCCGUUCUGGUAAAUUCUGAUCCUGAAGUUCAUGAAAUAGCCUACAAGUAUGGAGAGAAUGUUGGCAUUGCAUUUCAGCUGGUGGAUGAUGUCUUGGACUUCACAUCAGGAGCCAGUCACCUGGGGAAGCCCUCGGCUGCAGACCUCAAACUGGGUUUGGCCACCGGGCCGGUCCUGUUUGCUUGUCAACAGUUUCCUGAGCUCCACGCAAUGAUUAUGAGACGUUUCAGCACUAAAGGAGACAUAGAUCAAGCCUGGCAGUACGUCCUUCAGAGCGACGGCGUGCAGCAGACCAAAUACCUGGCCCAGCGCUACUGCCAAGAAGCCAUCAGGCAGAUCAGUAUGCUCCGGCCGUCGGCGGAGAGAGACGCCCUCAUCAGGGUCACUGAGAUGGUGCUAACCAGAGACAAGUGAGCCCCCUCUGUCUGGGCUUCACUUCAGGCAGCUACCUGUGGAGAAAAAAAAAAGCAACUCGCACUGCACUCCCGAGUUUGUGCUGACCAGGAUCAGACAAAAAACGAGUUUGGUUCCAAAGGACCCCUGGUGCUGGUUUGGUACAUACCUUUAAUAUAUAUAUAGAGAGAAAUACACUUGGUUUUUAUUGCAAAUCCUUUGAUUCAGGUUUCCUGAUCGGUAACUGAUAAUUUGGAAAAAGUCAAUAUUAUGAACUCAAAUCAAUGGAUGACACUUAAAAAAAACUGCAAUCCAUCUCUUCACUUCAUUCAGUACUGUGAUCGUCCCGUGCUUGAAAAUCAGCCAACUUUGACUGAGUUUGUUACAUGCUGGUGUCGAGCUGUGGCGGCGUUUGCAGAAUCUUGUUCAAUUCCAAA